AUGUCCACAAGAUACAAGUUGAACACAGGUGCAGAUAUCCCGGCCCUUGGAUUCGGCACCUGGCAAGAUGAAGGGGAACAGGAAGACGCCGUCGCGGAGGCAAUCAAGGCGGGGUACCGUCACAUUGACACUGCGCGCGUUUAUGGCACGGAGAAAGCCGUCGGAAGAGGAGUCAAGAAGAGCGGCAUUCCCCGCGAAGAUCUCUUCAUCACGACCAAGCUCUGGUGCAACAAGCAGCAUCCGGACGAUGUGGCACCAGCUCUGCAGGAAUCACUCGAAGACCUCGAUAUGGAUUAUGUCGAUUUGUAUCUCAUACACUGGCCUGUGGCCUGGAAGCGAGGAGAGGAGUUGUUCCCGAAAGACGAUGGGGUGCCAGUGAUGCAGCAUGAUGUCGGUCUUAUGGAUACCUGGAAAGCCAUGGAACAGGUCCUGAAGACGGGCAAGACCAAAGCUAUCGGCGUGUCGAACUGCGACAAGUACGAGAUGGAGCGCCUGGUAAAGGAUACCUCGGUCGUUCCGGCGGUGCAUCAGCUGGAAUGCCACCCUUGGCUACAGCAACAUGAUUUUACGGCGUGGCAUCGGGUUAAUGGGAUCCAUGUCACGCACUACUCGCCGUUUGGAAACCAGAAUGCCAUCUAUGGCAACAAACGCGGAACCGAGAGGUUGGUUGAUGAGCCUGUGCUGGCGGAGAUCGGGAAGAAGUACAACAAAACUGCUGCGCAGGUUACUCUUGCCUGGGGUGUCACGCUAGGCCAUUCGGUGCUGCCGAAGUCCAAAACCCCUUCUAGGAUCAAGUCUAACCUCGAGGGAGAUUUCAAGCUCAGUCCAGAUGAUAUGAAACAGAUUGAGACACUCAACCAAAAGCGUCGUUUCAAUGAUAGCAGUGGGGAGUUUGGCAGGGACUUUUUCGCAGGUCUCGAAGGAAAGUAA